CUUUGUUGUUGCUGCAGACGGACGGACGGACGGCGGGUGUGGAGCUCCGCAGACUGUCAACAACUCUUUUGUUUUUGUCUUUUUUUUCUCUCGGGUUCCUGCCGACGGCUGAUAUGUCGGUGAAUAUGGACGAGCUCCGGCACCAGGUCAUGAUCAACCAGUUUGUCUUGACGGCCGGAUGUGCCGCGGACCAGGCGAAGCAGCUCCUCCAGGCGGCCCACUGGCAGUUCGAGACGGCGCUGAGUUCCUUCUUUCAGGAGACAAACAUACCAAGUCACCACCAGAUGCAGAUGUGCACUCCCAGGAACACUCCGGCUACACCGCCCAACUUUCCAGACGCCAUUACAAUGUUUUCAAAGCUGCGAGCGUCGGAAUGUGCCUCUGCCGGCCCCGCCCCCUCAAAUGUGGCAUGCUCACCCCCGGCACCAUCUUCCACAUCUGGUUUCGGGUCAUUCUGGGCGUCAUCGCCCCCCAGCCACCAGCCGGCCUGGCUACCACCAUCCUCACCCACUGCACACUGUACCCAUCACUUUCACAUGCAGAGCGCCCCCAUGUGGCCCCCUGCUGCCCCACCCAGCAGCUCCCAGCAGCCCACCGUUGUCUCUGCGUUCCAUGGACAGAGAUGAGACCCUACUGGGCUCAAGGCAGGGCGGGGAGGGCGCAGGAAAGACAAUAACUUUGUGAAACCAGCGAGACCACAAUGCACUGACCCAGUGACCUGAGUUGUGGUACAGGAAGUGACCAGCUGAUGAUUCUUUGCCACAGGACAGCAACGUCUCUCAGAGAAAAGUCAGGACUGGCUGCUGGAUAUUUACGUUUUUUUAAGGAGAAAUGUUCAAAUCUGGUUUAUAAAAGAUUUAUUUAGUUUCUAGUUUGGACAAAUAAAGUUGCAACCUUUUGUUGUUACUGUGUGUGUCCAGAGAAAUGUGGUUUGGUGUCCGUUUCAGCAGCUCAGCUCUGACCUCAAGAGGGCGCCAGAGUCGACUCCUCUUGUGUCUGAGUGGAGGGGCGUCACCAGGUGAGAUAAGGGUAUGACGUUAAACAAGGGCAGGGCAAGCGCGACCUCUAACGGGAGGACCAGAACUCUGCUCAAGGUGAAGGAAGGGAUGGAGAUCGGCUGAGUAGUGGUCUACAUCUGGAAUGCCAUGGGGUCAAGCAGGUCAGCAGCAGGUGUCUCCAGGAUGGAGCUCUGGGAUGGGCAGCCUAGAACCGAGCGGGCCCGACCAGAACCACAGGAGCCUGUAAGACUCAGAUGAGAGUCUGCGGGUACAUCUGUGGGUG